CGUAACCUUUUCUUUCCAUCUCGAUCUCUUCAGCUCUCUCUCUCUUCUCCCCGAUCUCAUUGUCGAUUGCAUUGUACCCGAGAUCUCGAUCUCCGGCGAGCUCAGUGCACCAUUCCGAGAUAAGUGAGUGGUGGAGCUAAGCAUAGUUAGGAAGAAUAAACAAUGGAGGUAUUGAUUUGGUGAAACUUUCAAAGAUGAAGACAAAUAAGGAGUGGCAGGUCAGCAUUGGGGCUGGCCAAACCAUGACCGGGCUACACCAUAGGUACCAGUCAAAAAGGCCAGUGUGGAUCAUCAUCUUGGUGUCUUUGGUUUGUGUUUCAUUACUUGGGGCCUAUAUUUAUCCCCCACGAGGAUAUUCAGGUUGUUACUUCUUAUCAUCAAGCAUCUGUAGCAAGGAUUGGCUUCCCCCUGUGCCUGCCAGGGUUUACACUGAUGAAGAGAUUGCUGCUCGUGUUGUCUUUAGAGACAUUAUUGCUGCACCAUUCGUGCAGUCAAAUAAUCCUAAAAUUGCUUUUAUGUUCUUGACACCUGGCUCAUUGCCAUUUGAGAAACUCUGGGAGAAAUUUUUUCAGGGUCAUGAAGGUAGGUUUUCCAUCUAUGUGCAUGCAUCUAGAGAGAAGCCAGUACAUGUGAGUCCUUUAUUCACUGGCCGGGAGAUUCGCAGUGAGAAGGUGGCAUGGGGAAAAAUUUCUAUGGUUGAUGCAGAGAAAAGACUCUUGGCAAAUGCACUUCAAGACACUGACAACCAGCAUUUUGUGCUUCUUUCUGACAGUUGUGUGCCACUACAUGAUUUUGAUUAUGUAUAUAGUUAUCUGAUGGAGACAAAUAUCAGUUUUAUUGAUUGUUUUGAGGAUCCUGGGCCACAUGGGUCAGGCAGGUAUUAUGAGCACAUGCUGCCGGAGAUUGAAAAGAAAGAGUUCAGGAAGGGUUCACAGUGGUUUUCAGUUAAAAGGCCCCACGCUUUGUUGAUUCUGUCUGACAGCCUGUACUACACUAAAUUCAAGCUGUAUUGCAAGCCAGGUAUGGAAGGCCGCAAUUGCUACGCUGAUGAGCACUAUUUACCAACCCUUUUCCAUAUGGUUGACCCUGGUGGUAUUGCGAAUUGGUCAGUAACUCAUGUGGACUGGUCUGAAGAGAAAUGGCAUCCAAAAGCAUAUAGGGCUCAGGAUGUCACUUUUGAACUCCUAAAAAACAUAACAUCCAUAGAUGAGAGCUACCAUAAAACAAGUGAUGAAAGUAAACAAGUGCAGCAGAGCCCCUGCUUAUGGAAUGGAAUGAAGAGACCAUGCUAUCUCUUUGCUCGGAAAUUCUACCCUGAAGCUCUAAACAAUCUUCUGCAUUUAUUCUCAAACUUCACAUCCAUUUGAGCAGGCCUACAUUAUCAUUCUCCGGUUGAAUACCAGCUUCCAACCUCUACUUCUACACUCCUCAAUUCGUAUUUUUAUUAUAAUCAAUGCCGAAUUAGUUAUCAAACUAUAUAAUUCUCUGAUUCUUUGCAAGGGGAGAUCAUUGGAUGAGUUGAUGAUUUCCCGGCACAACCGCGAUGAUGGCUACCGCAAUUGCAAAGCCAAACAAAGCCGACACAUUCUUACACCACCAGUCUUUCAUGAUCCAGGUGACUUAUCUUUCCAUCUUUGUUAACCAUCCUUUUAGUUUAUUUUCAGCUUGUUUUCAAGUUACCACUUUGGUUUUCAAACAGCAAAUUUUGUUCCUCUAAUUAAUUGUUGUGAUUAUUUCUCAAAAAGAAAUAUAUAUAUAUAUAUAUAAAAUUGUUGUGAUUGCAUCAUUUUCUUUUUGUCAAAAUUCAUGGAGAUCAUGAGACUACUCUUUUUUGCUCCUUUUAGUAUCUAUAUACUGAGGUUUUGUAAGACUUCACUCUCACUGCCCAUCUCUACAACUGUUUAUAGAUCUAUCAAUCUAUUUUGUCAAUCUAUACAUAUGUUUUUGUGAUGAAAUAUCUUUGUCAAACCAAAGUAGCAAAUCAAAUGCUUCUCACUCUGUCUCUUUCUCCUCCCCUAUGAAAUGCUUUUCUGAUGUGUAUGAAAGGCCAGACAACUAAAUUUGUUAUCCUUUGGAAUUAAAUCAAUUAAUGUGGUGGUUGACAGGCAGCCAGUGAUGAUUGAUUGUUCAAACAUUAGUAAAUGUUUUUCUUUGUCUGGAGUGUUUUUUUAUUUGAGUAAUAUUAAUUUUUGUUAUUUGUGUAGUUUGAGUAAUGCUUUCCGUAUGAAAUAGUAGGUUUUAAAAAAUAAAUUUUUUUCAUUGAGCCAACUGUUGAAGUUAUUGAGUCAGCUCAACAAUAACAAUUGAAUUUUUGUAGGAGGUUUUGGUGGUCCAAAAAUUUCAUUCAUUUAUUUGAUUUUAAGGAACA